AGUACAACCACUCUUAAAGACUCUCUCCCUCUCUACCUUUUCGACAAAGUUGUGUCUUUCUCUCUCUAUUAACUCCGUAUAAUUCUGUUCUCUCUGCCAAGUCUCUCUCACUUCUCUCUCUAAAGCUCUAAUUGUACCAUCUACUUUGCAGAGUUCAACUGUGGAGGGUUUUGAUCACUCGUGUCCGAAAAAUCUAGGGUUAUGGAUAUCGAUAUUGACGAGUUCACUUCACAAGACACUCAAGCUUCGAUCUCCAAGAAGCAUAAACACAUUGAGGAGGCUUUGGUGAAGGAUAUUGGAAAUUCUACUAGUCUUGCAGGAUCGAAAUCUGGAGCUGUUAAUUCAGAGAAUUGCAGUAGUUUGAAUUCAGAUCUGUCAUAUCAUGAUGAUAAUGAUGGUGAUGGUGAAGUUGACGAUGGUAAUGAUGUCGAUGAUGUUUCUGAUUAUGAUGAUAACGAUGAUUAUAUGUUCGACGAUAAUGGCAAUAAUGACGAUGAUGAUUAUUUGAAGAAAAUGCAAGACCAAUUUGAUAAUGUGGAUUUGCCUCCUGGGGUAGAGGCAUCGAUUUCUUGGUUGAAGGAACCUGUUCCCCAUGCAAAUGUCCCAGCUUCUAUGAGCACUUCAUCCCAGAGCAAUACCAUGGGUCUUCCAACAGGGGUGAGGAUGUCUGUCUCUUUGUUUCCAGAUCUUGAAAAUAGCAUAAACAAGGCUGCUGGUGCAAGCAGUUCAACAGUCUCUGCAGACUUGAGUUCUGAUGGGAAAGAGGAAGAAGAAAAAGAUGAUGUUCUGAGGAAGUAUGAACUUUUCAAACGGUUUGAUACUGUUGAUGAUUUUUCAGAUCAUCACUUUUGCCACGUAGGCUUUUCGGGACAGCAGCCACCCAAGAAUUGGACAAAGAAAAUUCAGGAGGAAUGGAAAAUUCUGGAGAAGGACUUACCUGAUACAAUAUAUGUAAGGAUAUAUGAAACAAGGAUGGAUCUUUUGAGAGCCAUUAUUGUAGGACCAGCGGGGACCCCCUACCAUGAUGGUCUUUUCGUUUUUGAUGUUCUCUUCCCUCCUAAUUAUCCUGAUAUACCACCGAUGGUCUACUACUACUCCGGUGGCCUUCGAUUAAACCCAAACCUGUAUGAUUGUGGGAAAGUCUGCCUUAGCCUGCUAAACACUUGGACUGGUAAAACAAAUGAGAUGUGGAUGCCGAAGACAUCAACCAUGCUGCAAGUUUUGGUUUCUAUACAAGCUUUGAUUUUGAAUGAUAAGCCCUUCUUCAAUGAGCCUGGGUAUGAAAAAAUGUACGGUGGGCCCGAGGGAGAGAAGAAAUCCACUGCAUACAAUGAAGAAGUGUUUAUUUUAUCUUUGAAGACAAUGGUUUACACAAUGAGGAGGCCCCCUAAGCAUUUUGAGGACUUAGUUGCCGGUCAUUUUCUGCUCCAUGCACAUGAUAUCCUGUCAGCAUGUAAAGCUUAUAUGGAGGGUGCUCAAGUAGGGUCUGUGGCCAAAGGAAGUGUCCAGAAUGCUAGUGAGGUUGGAAAGAGUUGCUCGAUGGAUUUCAAGCAAGCAGUAGCAAAAAUGAUAAAUGGUCUUGUUGCAAACUUCUGCAAAAAUGGGUCCAAGGACUGUGAGCAGUUUCGUCUUCCAAGCUGAUUGCAGUCAGUAACAUAUGGGUAUUGCUGGGACUAAUGAAAGACAGUCUAGGCCAUUUAAGUGCCUUUUUUUUUUUUUUUUUUUCCUUUCCUUUCAAUUUUUGGCGACACUGCACAGGUUACAUUUUAUACCGGGUCUAUCUUUGGAAUUCUAAACAGGUGUAAAUAAGCUGGGGUAUUCCGAAGGAUGAGACAGGAACUUCUUCUGGUAUAGUUGAUUGCAUCAGAUUUCUAAUGAUUCUGACUUUCUUGUUA